UUUGUGGUAAUAAUUGCGUAAAUCCAUAAAUUAUACUAUGAGGGCAUUAUGGUGAUGAUAGUACACAUGAACAUUUACACUGUUUAGGAAACAAAUUGUUAAAUUUAGACCCUUUAUAAACAACCAUAAACUCAUGUUCUCUUAUCAGCAGUUUGCACUGAGACAUUUCUGAAAAAAAAAAACCCAGGUCAUUCUGAAGAUCUCAACUUCAACUCCAUUGGCUACAGACUUUGACAUCUCCUCAAUUUUAUUUCCUGAUCCCAGAAGUGUUCCCUUGGAUUAAUGGCCCAAACAUAGCACAGGCUAUAUGGAACAAUAUGGAAGCUGUUGUUGCUCUCUUUGUGUAUAGAUUUAGACUGAAUGUCAAACAAUAUCCUGUAUUUUUAAUGGCCAGGUCCCCCAAAUACAUCAGUGUAUAGUGUAUGAGUGAAGUCUACACAUUGUUUAUUUCCUUUGAUAUGUAGUACAAACAUUCCAAAAUGUAUUUGAUCCGUUUUACUGUUCUCCUUUGUUCUCUUUUACUGAACUCUUCUUUGAAACAGAAUGGAAACAUCACAGCAGACAGCUUCCGGAAAAGCUUCUUGGAGUGGGAAGCUGUCCGAUUCGAAGUGGACAAAUUAUGCCAGGAGGACCACUUUAACUGCCCAGCAUGCAGUCCAGACAUGCUUGCAGUAUCCGUUGAUGGAAACCGUAAGCACUACAGAUUCAAGAGUGCAGCUAGAUCGGAGGAAAAAGCCAUCUUUGAUGGCGUGUUCAUCGCGAAUGAUGAUGACGUCGCAAGAUUCGUGGACUAUGUCCAUACCUCAACCAGUCAUGUCUCUGGAAGAGGUGUCUGUGGAGGGCAAUGGUCAGCGGCUCGUGAAACGUCUCAGAAGUCCUCAGGAAAAACAGAUGAGGAGGGCCUGGAACUUGCUGUAUGUCGUCAUGGGGUUCUCCUUCGUGCCCUCAAUAUGUUCAGGGGCGAAAUCUUUGCCUACCCCCUGUACCUCCAAAAGCAAAUGGCCUGUAAGCCAGUUACAUUUUUUGCAAUGGAUGUGGCAUGCAAGUACUGGCCUUACCUCCAGAGAGUGACAGAGAAAUGCCCUGAGCUUCAGGAUCUCCUCAACAUGAGGCCAUUUCUUUCUGUUUUUCAUGCCAAAGCUCAUGAUUUCAAAUGUGAGGUAAAAUGGAGUGGAGCAUAUCAGGAGGGGGCUGGUUCGACUCUUGGCGAAGAGGUGGAGCAGUGCAACGCCUUCCUCUCGAGGAUUGCUGUUACGACAAAGCACAUGUCAAAAGCGGGACGCAUUGACAUGCUGACAAUCAUGGCCAUGCGCUGGAACCAACAAAAGUUUGACAACUUGGCUUCUACCCUUGCCCGCCGAUAUCGGAAGGCCACAAUAGCCCUGCAAUGCCAGUUGCAUAACCUGGAGGCCAUGAAAACAGAAAUGGACAUCUCUGACAAUCAACUGGAGAGGUGGAUCAUUGAUAUCAAUGAGUGGGCAGAAGCAACAUCCCCAAAUGAUGCUGAUGUUGCCGCUGUUGCCAGCCGAAUUGAGGAGCUGGUGGCAAGUGUUAAGAGGAAGUCCCAGCGUCUUUACAAGGAUAGUGACGGAUGCAAAGGACGUGCCCGAAUCCGUCGAAAGAUCAGGGAGGAAAAAAAAAUCUUAAAUUCUGUAGUGGAAAAAUAUAACACCUUGGUUCCUAAUGCAGAAAAACUGACAUUGGACACCAUUCUAUGUGACGAGAUUGUUUGGCCAUGGCAGCUUACCCACGGUGACUCUGUAGAUCUAAGGACAAAGAGGAAGGCGUUCGACAUUGUGAUGGCAGUAAGGAGACUUGAGGAGGAGAAGAGGAUUCUUAUUGCAGAGAUGAACAAGCAUUGGAAGUCUCUUUGCUCCCGUGCAGACACCCUGAAGCAGAUGUCAUCCCAGCUUGCUAAUGUGACAUCAGGUGAAACGUGGGGCCUGCUUCAAGAUGGUAUCCGAGGUCUAAAGAGCUUGACAUUGAAGAACAAGCAAGCAAGCAACAGCCUGGCAAAGCAUGCAAAGACAUUUUAUGUUCAAGUUCUGACUGAAACAGAAAUUAACUUUGAUAGUCAUUCUGAGGAAUACGAUACCAGUAGUGACUCUGAGCAAGAUUAAACAUGGCCAGAGUCCUUUUUUCUGCUGUUGUGUGCUGGGGAGGGCUGCUGGGACAGGUUGGUAAGGAAAGCUGGUUCUGUGUUUGGCAUGGAGCUGGAGUUAAGUAGCAGUCUUCUGUCAUGCUCAACAUUGAGGAGGUCCUUUGUCCCCAGGGCAAACCAGCAACUCAAUUUCAUAGAGAAGAUUAGGGGCAUGAGUCUCACCCUGCGCCAACCAUUACAUCACUUUGUCUAUUGUCUAGUAUCCACUAUCCAUUUGACUUUUCUUUUAAAUAUAUAUAUAUAUAUAUAUAUAUAUAUAUAUAUAUAUAUAUAUAUUUAUAAGUUUCUGUUGUUCUAUCUAUUUUAACUUCUUUGUGUUCUUUUUGUUAAUCAGUACUAUUAUGCUCAGACUAUUUUUUCCAUAGUCAUAUGAAAUAGCAAAGUUUUGCACUGAUGAAAUCCCUGCACUGUUUACUUUUGCACUACCACCACUGCAAAUCACUCCACAGCUGCCCAUCAUUUAUCACAGGGUCAGUCCCUACCAGGUCUUUGUAUUCACUUGACAUGCUCUUCACUUUUUACAUUUGUGAUUUUUGUUAUGUGUCUGAGCUAUGUAUGUUGUUUUUGUGAUUGUAUAAGCUAAUAAAUGCUUUCAUGCUUUAAUAAGCUUU